GAUAAGUCUCUAAACAAGAGAUAAGUCUCUAAACAAGAGAUAAGUCUCUAAACAAGAGAUAAGUCUCUAAACAAGAGAUGAGUAAAGAGAAUGCGAGAAAAAAGAAUUUUUUUUAUUCUCAUUCCCUCAUUGGUUAAAAAUGUAUGAGCCAUCAAGUUUAAAUUUGACUGGGAGUCGCACGAUUUUUUGAAUACGUCCAGAAUACGUGCUUUUUUUUUUUUAAACUGUUAGAGGAAAGUAAAUUCGUCUGGAAUUCGUGGGUUUCGAUUCGAUUUCUUUCUUUUUUCUGCCAAAAUGAAUCCAACCUCCUGUAAAAACUGUUUCAGAGUAACAAAUCAAGUCAAACUUCAGGGGGAUGGUUUAAAGAUGAAAACGCUAUUGCAAGUAUACAACAUGCUAAAAGAAAAAAACGCAGUUGACCUACUUCAUGUUGCAAAGUGCGUUUUUUGCCUACAUCUCGACCAUUAACAAUCAUCCAACCUCCAGAAUCAUCCUACCAACCUCCAGAACCAAGAAGCCCACAGCCAACAAUCACAACAAGGUGGAAAAGGUAACAAAGAAGACUCGAUUGAAUGAAUUGGACAGUCGAAUCAAGGAAAUCAUGGAGGAACGUCAAAGUAUUUUAGUGGAAAUUGAAGACUUUGAAAAAAAAGAAGAGGCUCGUGAAAGAAAUCAUCUCUUGAAUGUCCUCAUGCCGACCUUCCCUCUCACUUUGAACAUGAAAUUUCUCACUUUAUAUCCAUUACAUAUCCAUUUAUCUUCAUGUACAACAUCUUCCUUACAUGUCCAUUUUUAUGACCAUCCUCCUACUGGUACCCAUACCUAG